AUGGACUACCCAAAACCGCACCCAGAGUGUUUACCGAUCGCUGUGCAUUCAAGAGACAAGUACCUCAGUCGUUUUGGAGUUACAUGUUUGGAAUUUUUAAGAAAUGGUCCUGCUCCCAGAGAAAAUUGCGAAUUUGGCCCAAGAGAGCAAUUUUCUCAAGUGACAAGUUUCCUAGAUGCAUCCACAAUUUAUGGAAGUAACGUCGUACAUAGCGAUAGUUUACGAAUUUUUAGAGAUGGAUUAGUAAAAUAUGGAAAGCUACAGAAUAAUAGAAACUUAGCAACUAAAGAUAAUUCAGACAUAUGUCAAUUAGGAUCUUUAUCCCAAAGUUGCUUCAUCGCAGGAGAUGGUCGUGUUGGUGAAAAUCCUGCUUUAACAUCUCUUCAUGUAGUCUUCUUACGACUACAUAACAAAAUUGCAACGCAGAUUGCUAUCAUAAAUCCACAUUGGAGUGAGGAAAAAAUGUUUCAAGAAACUAGAAAAAUAGUCGGUGCCAUCAUACAACACAUCACAUAUCGAGAAUUUCUACCAAUUGUAUUAGGUCAUGAUGUUAUGAAGGAUUUCAAAUUGGAUAUAAUGAUGUCAGGAUACUUUGACGAAUAUGAUUCUACAACUAAUCCCAACGUUAUAAAUGAGUUUGCAACAGCUGCUUUUCGUUUUGGUCAUUCUUUAGUUCAACCUAUUUUUGCCAGAUUCGACAAAAACAACAAACCACUUUUCAGUAAUGUAUCAAUCCACGAAGAAUUUGUUAAUCAUCACCUACAUUCAGAGGGAUCUUUAGAGAGAAUAAUUUUAGGACUUGUAAAUCAACCAUCUCAAAGAAGAGAUGAAUUCAUCAGUGAAGAGCUUACAAAUCAUCUUUUUCAAAGGGAGUCGUUUCCUUUUGGAAUGGACCUGGCUGCUAUAAAUAUUCAAAGAGGACGAGAUCAUGGCUUGCCACCCUACUUUCAGUACCGAUCAAUUUGUGGUUUGUCCGAAAUAAACAACUGGGAGGAUCUUGAAAGAGUAAUAGAAAAAUCCACAGUUCAAAAGUUCAAGUUGCUAUAUUCAUCAGUAGAGGAUAUUGAUCUUUUUUCUGCUGGAUUAGCAGAAAAAUCACUCAACGGAGGACUUGUUGGUCCUACAUUUGCCUGUAUAAUAGCUCAACAGUUUAGCAAUCUGAAGAAUGGCGACAGAUUCUGGUUCGAAAACUCAAAUGUAGAGAAUAAGUUCACUCCAGAGCAACUUACCCAAAUAAGAAGUACAACAUUAACACAAGUUCUUUGUCAGACCAUAGAAAACAUUGAAAGUAUUCAACCCUUCGUAAUGCUGCUACCGGAUAAUUUUAAAAAUCAACGAAUGUCCUGUCAUAGUUCGAAAAUUGGAAAUAUAAAUGUUAACGCAUGGCUGGAAUUAACUCCAGGAAGAAUAAACAAAGCUCAAGUGAAAGAGAACUUUCAAUGGUCCAGAGAGUCAAUUUCAAAACCACAAAUUAAAAGUACGAGUGAGCAGAAAGUAAGGCAGUUUAUGAAACCUUUGCAAAGCAGCAUCAAUCAACAAAAUAGAAUAGUUUUGAAAAGGCCGAUUGCGCCUCAAAAAAAUAUAUCCAUAAUUGUCCAAAAUACAGCAGUAAACGCUCCAGUAUUUGUGAAAGAUUCGGUUUACGAACCUCAUAUAAUUCAAGAACCUGAUUCAUUGUUUCAGUUAUUAGGAAAGAAACCAAAUUCAUUAUUGGACCCUUCAAAUAUUUAUUUUUAUCCAAAUAAAAAGACUUUCUUACUUAGACACUACAAAACCUAUAUUCCCUAAUUCAAUUCCAUAUUAUAUUCAUAGCAAUGGUUUCUAUGACAGCAUGUACUUUACUAACCAUAUACCAUAUAAUUAAAACUAAAGUUUAAUCAGAAUUAUCAAGAAUAUUAAUUUUUAAAGUCAAAACUAUAAGGAAAGGCUCACAAAUUAAUUUUAAUGUGAAAGCUUUGUUACGGAGUAACAAAUGGUAAUUUUCAUAUUUUUUAUUAUUAAUUUAUUUGUGACUAAAACUUUUUAAAUCUAAAAUAAGAACUAGACACCUUUUUUUAAAUGAAGAGUUUUCAAACCAGGUAACCUACGAAAAGUAAAAUUUAUGUUUUUACUAUGAUUGCAAAACAAACAUCUUGAGGUAUUAACUUCAUGGUAUUUAAUGGGUUAAAUAUUGAAAUUAACAUUUAUUUAGUAUUUGUUAAUUAAGGUUGUUUAAAUAAUCGAUUAUUGAAUUGUUAUAUUUUUGUUCUACUACUUUUAAAUGUAAAUUGGUAAUAUUAAAAUGAUGUUGUGUAAGAA